CUAGUUAAAACUUGUUCGGUGAUUGUCACAACUAAAAAAACAAACAUAACCUUUGAGUUAAAGAGAAUCAUUGCAGUUUUCUUGUUGCAGAAAUUCAAAUUUAACACAAUACAUCAUAAAAGAUAUUAAUUUUUUCCAAAUAAUAAAUUCAAAUGAAAAAAACAGAAGAAAUGGAUUAUAAAAAUGAGAGUGAUGAAGAAAGUUGUUCUGGUACGAAUUCAUUAAUCGUAAGUAAAAAGGAAUUAAAAUUGCGAGAAAAUGAAGAGGAUCAAGAAGUGGAUAAUAAAGAUGUGAAAAAGGAUGAAGAAUGUUUAAAUAGCGAUAGUGAUGAUGAUGCUGCUGACGAUGAUGAUGGUAAAGAAAAUAAUGAUGAUCAUAUGAAUGUCAAUGAGGAUAAUGAUAAUGAUAAUGAUAAUGAUGAUGAUGAUGAUGUUGGUGAUGAUGACGACGAUGCCAAUGAAGCAGAAAUUAAAGCAUUGGAGGCUUUGCUGGCAGAAAAUCCUUACGAUUACAGUAGUCAUAUCAAGUUGAUUAAAAAGUUUCAAAUGAUGGGUGAACUUGAGCGUUUACGUAAUGCAAGAGAAAACAUGAGUUCAAUGUAUCCUUUGAGUUCAGAAUUAUGGCUAUCAUGGUUACGCGAUGAAAUGAAGUUAGCUGUAAGUAGCGAAGAAAAAGCAGAAGUUGUGAAACUCUGCGAAAGAGCUGUUAAAGAUUAUCUUUGUGUCCAAGUUUGGAUGGAAUAUUUACAAUUUAGUAUUGGAAAUAUGGACAACGAAAAGGAUGGAGUUAAAAAUGUUCGUGCACUUUUUGAAAGUGCAUUAACAUCGGCUGGAUUGCAUAUUAUCAAGGGAGCUGUUAUAUGGGAAGCAUAUAGAGAAUUUGAAGCAGUAUUAUUGGCAUUGAUUGAUCCUACAAACGAAAGUGAAAAGAAGCAACAACUGAGCACCAUUGGAAAUCUUUUCCGACGCCAAUUAGCGUGUCCUUUACUCGAUAUGGAAAAAACCUAUGAAGAGUAUGAAACUUGGAGAGCUGGUGAUGGUGCCGAAGCUACGUUACUGGAUAAUCUUGUCCUCAUAGGAUAUGAACGUGCUCUUGAAAUGCUAAAUAAUCGUCUUCCUUAUGAAGAAAAAAUAGUAUCUUCUCGAAAAGAAAAUGAAUUGUUAGACGCGUAUAAAGAAUAUUUGUCGUAUGAAAAAAUUCAUGGAGAUCCGGGCCGUGUUACAGUUUUAUACGAGAGAGCAGUUGCUGAUCUCAGUCUUGAAGUAUCGCUUUGGGUAGAUUAUAUUAAUUAUCUUGAAAAUAACAUUAAGAUAGAGUCGGUAUUAAACAAGGCAUACGAAAAGGCAUCAAGAAAUGUUCCAUGGUGUUCAACUAUUUGGCAAAAGUGGAUUAGAGCCUAUGAGAAAUGGGAGAGACCCGUUUUGGACAUUAACAACUUAUUUGAAAAAUCUUUAAUAAUGGGUUUUUCAGAGGCUAAGGAUUAUCGUGAUCUUUGGAUGAAAUAUUUAGAAUAUUUGUGUCGUAGAUUGAAUGACAAUAUAAACACAAAGUGUACAGAAAUAGAGAAACAAAAAACUCAUCUACGCAAUACAUUUAACAAAGCAUGCGAACACUUGGCUAAGAUGUUUGGUUUGGAUGGUGAUCCUAAUGGAAUUAUUUUACAAUAUUGGGCAAGAAUGGAAGCUAUACAUGAAAAUAUGGAAAGGGCUAGAUCUCUUUGGACAGAUAUACUUUCGUUAGGCCAUUCGGCAACUGCUUCUUAUUGGUUGGAAUAUAUCUCUUUAGAAAGAUUUUACGGCGACUCGAAACAUUUGAGAAAAAUAUAUAAAAGGGCAUUAAAUUCGGUCAAAGAUUGUCCUGAAAUCGUGGCUAAUUGCUGGUUGAAUUUUGAACGUGACGGAGGUACUCUCGAACAAGUGGAAUAUUGUGAAAUGAGAAUUCAAGAAAAAAUGGCCAAAUUGGAGGAAGAAAAAAGUAGUAAAGCUAAGCAAGCUAGUGUGAAAAAAGAAUCAUUUGGACAAGCAAGGAAAGGAAUUAGGAGGAAAGCUGAUGAUAUAAGUAAAUGGAAAAAUUUAGGAGUUUCUUCGAGCAAAAUAAUCAAAGUAGAAGAGAAAAAUGAAUUUAAAUUAAGAGAAAGUCGUCUUAAUUUGGACAAAAGUUACUGCGGGGAAGAAGUCAACCAGUCAACAGAAGAUCAACCACCGCCAGGCUUCAAAGCAUCCGAAAAUGAAAAAACCGAUACAAAUCGUGAAGUAGAUGAUAAAUUAACCGUAUUCAUUAGUAAUUUGGAUUACACAGCUAUCGAGGAUGAAGUUAGGGAUGCUCUACAACCAGUAGGACCAAUAACUUUAGUUAAAAUGGUUAAAGAUUAUAAAGGACGUAACAAAGGUUAUUGUUACGUUCAAUUAAGCAAUACCGAGGCAGUUGAGAAAGCAUUGACGUUAGAUAGAACGCCCAUAAAGGGACGUCCCAUGUUUAUUUCAAGAUGUGAUCCUAACAAGAGCACGAGAGCUUCAGGAUUUAAAUACAAUAGCACACUGGAAAAAAAUAAACUUUUUGUCAAAGGUCUACCAAUUACUACAACGACAGAGGAUCUUGACAAAAUAUUUAAUAUUCAUGGAAAAUUAAAAGAUGUUCGUUUAGUUACUUACCGCAAUGGACAUUCCAAAGGAUUGGCAUACGUUGAAUAUUUCAACGAAACUGAUGCUGCUAAAGCUCUUCUUGCUACGGAUGGUAUGAACAUUGAUAAUAAAGAAAUAAGCGUAGCUAUUAGUCAACCACCUGAACGUAAGAAAGAAGAAGUUUUUCAUGGUAAAUCGUUAGGUAGUAGUACAGUAAGUAGAACAACGUUUGGAGUACCAAAAACCUUGUUAUCUAUGGUACCGCGUAAUGUUAUGAUUAGUAGUAAUAAUACUAAUAAGAAUUUAUCUAAGAUAGAAGUAUCCCAGCCGAAAAGUAAUCAAGAUUUUCGGAAUAUGUUGUUAAGUAAAAAAUAAUCUACCGUAUUAUAUAAAAGAUUAUUUUUAAUGAUAAAUCCAGUGCUCCAUCAUAUCACCACGUAGUAUCCUUCCAUAUAUCUGACAAAGUAUACAUACAUUGUAUAAUUGUAUAAAGCAGCAAAAUAUGAUAUAAUAUACAAUUUUGAUAAAAACAAUAUAAUAGCUUUAGUAAAAUGAGGAACAGUUACUACAUACUUUACUUUACUCUAUUGUUUAUAUGUUAAAUAUACGAUUGAAUUGUCAUUAUUCAAA